UGUGAUGAAAAUGAAGAUUAUUUUCCCCCUCUCGGUAUUAAUUAUGCUGGGGGAGGGUCAGGAUCAGAACCUGCUGGACAACCCCAGCUUCGAGGACAACUUGAAAGGCAUUUGGGAGAACACCGGGUUCCAGAUGGAGCGCGUGAGUGGCGACACAGUGGACGGUAUCUUCGCGCUUAAGCCAGUGGUCGGGAACAAGAUACAGAUGGGCCGUCCCAGACUCUGUACAACUUAAAGCCCAAUGGUCGGUAUGAAGUGAGCCUAUACGUCAAGCUGCUCAAUGCGCAUUGAAGGCAGUCUGUGGCAAAAGAUCAGGGUGAACAUGCAGUUUCAGUUUGCAGAUACAGAAGAAAUACAAAUAUAUGCCAUCGCCUUCAGAGCCCUCUGCGACUCUUCCAUGGGGUGGAUACACGUCAACGGCAGUAUGAACGCUCCAGUGAGAAGAUUUAACCUGGGUGCGACUUGGUAUACGAGGUCCGGAUCCCGGGGUGAACUUCUUGGUGGACAACGUCUCUCUGUAUGAAAUCCCUGAGAACACCAACUGGCUCGCUGAUUCCUACUCUAUGAUAGACAAAUACAGGAAGUCUAAUGUCAACAUUAGGUGAUGCAUUUCAUGACAAGCUAAGUCGUUGCCAUCGUUUGAGUUCUUUGAUAAAAUAUGAGAGGGGCAGAGAGAGCGAGAGAAGAGGAAGAGAGAGUAAAGAAAAGGAGAGAGUACGCAAACUUCAGUGUGCGUGAGUGAAUGAGUUAGUGAUUAUCAUCUUUUUGUCUAUAAACUGCUUUAUGUGUUACAGGUUCACUACGCCUUCAGAUGUUUCCCCAUCUGAUUUAAUGUUCAGAUCCGGUUGAAGAAACACCUCUUCCCAUUCGGGGUAAAAGUGAAGGACACCGAGAUUUUGACUCCAUCCUCUGACGAAUACAGCAACCUCGUCUUCAAUAUGUUCAACUGGGCAGUUGUUCAGAGCUACAAGUGGAAGUUUGAUAAGGGUGACAGGUAUAACCCAGACUUCAGCAACGCUGUCAACACCACCAACAUCCUCGUCGCCAACGGACUGAAGGUUCGAGCACACAAUCUCCUAUGGGACGUGCCAGACAACAUACCGGACUGGGUUCUAGCGCUGAGUGGACAGGAACUGAGAGAUGAGUUGGACAAACACGUGCAGUACAUGUGUACUCUUGCUGUCGGCAGGGUGAAACACUGGGAUGUCAUGAAUGAACUCACACACGGUCUGUACUAUGAAGAGAAGCUGAAGGACCGAAACUUCACCAAAAACCUCUUCCGGCAGGUGAAGAAGUGCGACAGUUCCACGAAGCUGUACUUCAAUGACUACCAGGCUGUGGACAUUGGAGGCUCUACGGAGGAAUACUAUCAACUGAUGAAGGAGUACCUGGAGGAAAAAGUUCCUGUUGAAGGCUUGGGAGUGCAGGGCCACGUUCAGACGUUCACCGGUCCUGAUCCGACUCUGGUGUGGAGAAGACUUGACCGUUUGGGGAUGUUAGGACUGGACAUCUUCAUGAGCGAGUUUGAUGUUGAGUCGCUGGACCACGUGCAGCGUGCUGAUUGGAUAGAAGACGCCAUGCGUGCAAUGUUCAGUCAUCCUGCCAUGAAGGGCAUCAUCUACUGGAGUUUCUGGGACCAGGACGCGCAAAAUGCUGACAGGGAGCUCAUUCAGGGGACCAACGUAACGAUCAUUGAGCCAGGACAGCGGUUCUUCUGUCUGCUGAAAAAAGAGUGGACAACAAAUAUCACUAAAAAUCUCGGCAAUGGAUUGAACUUUACCCUACGUGGUUUCCAAGGCAACUACGAGGUGAUCGUGAGAAAGGCAGGAGUGCCUGUACAAUUAGAGCGCUUCAGUCUGGGUCCGAAUGACAUGUCAGUCAACAUUCAAGUCACUGGCACAACGGCAGUAAAUGUACCGGUAGACAAGGACUAUGUACCCAGGUGUGUCAGCCAUCGCGGCCAGAAGUCUCUGGGGCUGCAGUCCACGUCAUCAACAAAAAUGCAGCUCACCUGCGUCAACGUCGAGUCCACUCCCUCUGGUAGCAACGAAGACGACGUUGCAUCGGUCACCUGCGGAACGGACCACGUCAUGACAGGCUGCACGAGCUACCAGAACCAGGGUAAACUUUGGACGAGGAAAGGAGAGCAGAUUGUCCUUGACAACGGGGUGGCCGCGUGCAAAGCGUACAACGGUCGAAGCUCGCCGGCGGGUGUGACGGCAACUGCACGAUGCUGCAUGAUGUCCGGUCUUACCUGCGACUAUCGAGCGGCAGGACCGUCCUUGUCCUUUAAUGGUGCCCAGGCUGAGGCAACAUGUGACGCAGAUAGUCUUCCUUUAGGAUGUUCCAGUUACAGUCGAUACCCGGAUAUGGAUGGGGUGUACGCUGACGAAUCAUUACGUAGCUGCGUGGCUCAGAGUGGACGUCCUGCCUUCACAAGCCCAUCAGAACGGGCGGGUUCCGUUGCUUACGCCGCGUGCUGCUCGGCUCCAGGCCUUUCGUGUACACGUGUGUCGUCACUUCCGACAACUCUUCGUACUGGAGAGUACCAAGGAGUGACCUGCCCUUCUGGUUAUAUCAUGGUUUCGUGCACUAGCUUUGCUCCUGACGGCAGAUCAGGCGGGUCCAGAAUUGCUGACGUCAAUGGCGUCGAGGAAUGCCAAGCAUUCAUGGGAGAUAACUUGCGAUCAGGAUCACGUGGUGUGACGGCGACUGCAACUGCUGUAGGCGAGCAAAGACGACGUCAAGACGUGCGCAACGGAUUAUUUGAUGUUCCUCACCAACAUUUCUUGUUCAGCGUCAGUAAACAUUAUUGUGAGAGGAAGGUUUCGAUUUGAAGCUAAUUAAAUAUAAGUAAAGAUACAGAUUGGCGGAAAUUCAUUGUUUAAAGUUCCAGACAUCCAGCCAUGACGAUGUCACAAGAUGCAUUGAAAUCUGAGAAAUAUAUGACUUUUAAAUACUUCGUAUCAUUUCUACUGUCUUCUUGUUGUCAGCGCCGAUGUGCAUGAAGCAGAAAUUUUGUCCACCAGGUUACGACUACGCUACCCCUCAGACACAGACAAGUACACACAUGCACAUACACUCAUACACAAAUACAUCUACACACAAGAUUGGCUAUUAGAAAUUGUGUCCCAAGAGCGCUAUGAAUGCUAUCAAUCUUUUAAAUCGUCUUUCGUAGUGUACUCUAAUAUAGUUUACCAAAUGCUGGUGUCUAAAGUGCCUUGACUAGAAUUAGAUUGUGAGUGUCACGAUAAAAUGAUAUACCCUAAGACACGCAUUCAGCCUCGUUGCUAUGGAUUGUAACUGUCCAUUUUGUCGUGAUGUUGAAGAGUCAGAACUGUAUUUUAUUUGCACGAUAUACACUAGUUUCCGAGAAAUUCACACUCAUUAAGUUUCGUAGACGGCCAUUUAGUUUCAAGCUGCCAUUGUUAUUAGGCAUUACAAGCGCUAACAUCUGUUCAACCUAUCGCUAUUCUUUUUUAAGGCAUUUUCAAUUCCUAUGAAUUUUUCUUGAAUAAGAGUAUUAUCAACUAGUUAGUAAGAUAGUGUGAUAAUAUAGUUGUUGUCAGAUUGUAUCUGUAUUUAUGAGUGUUUUUAUGGAAUUUGUGACUUAAGAACUUUAUGUACCCAUAAAACCACCUCUCACUUGAAAUGGGGCAAUGCCCUAAACAAAGUUCUUUCUUCUCAUCUCUAACACACACACAUACGCACUCACGCAAGCACCCACCCACGCACUGAUGCCAGUUGUUACCACCAGACCCUUUUUGACUACUUUCCAGUAGACGAAACAGUUCGUCGCUAGUGCUGCCACUCAUGAUAACACGGAUAAGGUUAAUACAUUAAUAAUUAUUUUGUUAUUUCGAGGCAGUGGUGUAUUAUUAUUGAAAUAAGCAUACCUGAUACUUUAGUUGCACUGUACAAAACAAAAUAAUUGAAUUCCCAUACUCUUUUAUAGAAACAAUGAACGUG